AGUCAAGUCGUGCUGGACUGGCGCGAUAUCCUCGCACGGUUCACAACUCCAAAGAAGAGCGACCCUCGCCUCCAAUCAUGCUUUUUAAAUGAUGGACCAUGCUUUUUUUAAAAGUUGACCAGGGAUUUCUCGUCGUGGGGUGUUUGCGAGGCAUGGCUCUCAUUUUAACUUGCUUCCUCCUGUCAUGUUUUAGUGCGAGCGGUGUUCGGGGGAGUCAGAACGGUGACACCAGCAUCUAUUUGGAUAACAUCACGCGUAUAUUGGACCGAUUAUUGGAUGGCUAUGACAACAGACUGCGACCUGGAUUUGGAGGUCCGGUCACAGAGGUUAAAACCGACAUCUUUGUCACCAGCUUUGGACCAGUGUCAGAUGUCGAGAUGGAAUACACCAUGGACGUGUUCUUUCGUCAGACGUGGAUCGACGAGCGGUUGAAGUUCGAGGGCCCCAUUGAGAUCCUGCGGCUCAACAACCUGAUGGUCAGCAAGAUCUGGACGCCGGACACCUUUUUCCGGAAUGGCAAGAGGUCGAUCUCUCACAACAUGACCACCCCCAACAAGCUGUUCCGCAUCAUGCAGAACGGAACCAUCCUGUACACCAUGAGAUUAACUAUAAAUGCAGAGUGCCCGAUGCGUCUGAUGAACUUCCCGAUGGACGGCCACGCCUGCCCGCUCAAGUUUGGGAGUUAUGCUUACCCCAUCAGUGAGAUCGUGUACACGUGGAAGAAAGGUCCUCUCUCCUCCGUCGAGGUGCCACAGGAGUCCUCCAGUCUGCUGCAGUACGACCUGAUUGGUCAGACGGUGUCGAGCGAGAUGCUUAAGUCCAACACAGGUGAAUACGUCAUCAUGACGGUCCACUUCCACCUGCAGAGGAAGAUGGGCUUCUUCCUGAUCCAGACCUACAUUCCCUGUAUCAUGACCGUGAUCUUGGCCCAAGUCUCCUUCUGGAUUAACAAGGAAUCAGUUCCAGCUCGGACUGUGUUCGGUAUCACCACCGUCUUGACCAUGACGACGCUCAGUAUCAGCGCCCGCCACUCCCUCCCCAAAGUUUCCUACGCCACCGCCAUGGACUGGUUCAUCGCCGUUUGCUUUGCCUUCGUCUUCUCCGCCCUGAUUGAGUUUGCGGCCGUCAACUACUUCUCCACCCUGCAAGCCAACAGGGAGCUGCGGAAGGCAGCCGCUAUGAAGGUGGCGGCUCAGGAGGCGGCGGCGGCUGCAGCUGCGGCGCCGCCUCCGGCCACGGGGACCAAUGGAGAAGAUUCCUCGGUGGAUGCCUCUAGUGUGCUGAAGAAGAGGAUGAACUCCAAUCCGCUGUUCGACCGCCCGGCCAAAACGUUUCCCAACCCACCGGUCAAUGCCCAGGCCUUCCUGCAGCAGGGCUCAGCUGUACCGGACAACAACAUGCUGACCGGCACCAGCAUCAUCGACAAAUACUCCCGCAUCCUCUUCCCCCUUUCGUUCGGCGCGUUCAACCUGGUCUACUGGAUCGUGUAUCUCACCAAGGACACCAUGGAGUUGUCCAGGUGAACAGAUGGCACGGUUCUUACAACCGAUUCCAGCAUUUGCUUUCUUGUACACGAAGCACACGAAGGGCGGUGUUCAUUGCGUAAGUCAGAUGGCGAAUGGCGUGACUGUUUCUGUGCAACUACCUCCUUACAGAAUAUAAUUAGUUUGUUUAAAUCUCGCACAACCUCAGGCAGGAUACAGUGAAACAUAUGCACACCUUCUGCACGUGUGUGUACAUUAGAUAGCUUCAUUAUAACCCAUUAUUCCAAUAGGAAGACUUAGUUAAGAACAGCCAGUAUGUUCAGGAACCUAGCAGAUGGGUUGAUUCUGACAAUUGGGUGAAAUGAAACAGAGGCAGACUUUUAACUCCUAAAGAGUUUGUUUAACAAGAGUAACUGUGAUCAUCUAAAGCUCAAUGAAAUAGCAGAUUGGUGCCAUAAAAUUAAAUAGAGUCUGCAAAGCUUAUUGACACAGUUGGAUAUGGAUGUUGAUGAGUUCAUAAAAUCUUGUGGAAGCUUAUUAUUUAACAAAAUAACUGUGAAUUGUUAAAGGAGGGAAAAGCAGGACUUAUGUAAUCAGUGAAAGCCUAUAUACAUAUACAUAUAUAUUUCAGUUUGUGUACAAGUGCUUUGGGGCAAAAAAGAUCACAUCACAUACUGUGUGUUUGACUGAUCCUGAGUGUAUUAUAUGUGUAGAUUCUGAGCACAAGAAUCAAUAAUU